AUGGCCAAAGAGCACCAAAGACGGGAUCUUCCAACCGGCCUCUACGAGUUCAACGCGAGUCCUCUGGAAGCCACCAGGGGGCCUCAGUCACUCACAGAGACCAACCCUGAGUCCUCCACCCUCACCCUGAACACCCUGGCCCCAGUCAAGCUGUCCCACCCUCAUCCCUCUCCCUCUCCUCCUCAUCUCUUCUUCUGGCCCGCACACUCCCCACUGGACCCCCUGUUGACCCUCUCCCUUUAUAGGGGGGAGGCGUCCGGGGGCCUCGAUGAGGAGACCCUGCCCCUUUAUGAGGGCCUUAAUAAGGAGUGCGACCUCCUGGAAAGAGUGGAUAGGGGAAGCCAUGAUGUGUCCACCCUCACUGAACUUUGUUCAGGUGGCGAUAGUGAGGUAGAGAUAGUGAGCCUGCUGUCUGAGGGACUGCCUAACUACACUCUGCGGGCAGACUGCAUGUUUGGCUACGACCACGACGACUGGCUCCACACUCCUCUGCUGCCCCCGGAGGUUGCCCUGGGACUCACACACGACCAGAUAGAAGAGACACUCAAGUACUUCUUGCUGUGUUCAGAGAGAGUUGGCCAGGUCACUAAGACGUACCAUGACAUCGAGGCUGUCACUCACCUACUGGAAGAGAAAGAGCGGGACCUCGAGUUGGCGGCCCGGAUCGGCCAAUCACUGCUCAAGCAGAAUCGGGAUCUAACGGCACGGAAUGAGUUAAUGGACGAACAGCUGGAGAUUGCUAAGGAAGAGAUAGCCCAGCUGCGACAUGAGCUCUCCAUGAGAGACGACCUGCUCCACUUGUACGCCAGCACAGAGGAGAUCGAGAACGCCUCCGACUCACACGCACUAAUGAAGAGGAACGAGUCAUUUAACUCCAUCAGUAACUUUGUCAAUUAUGACUUCAUACAGCAGAAACUCAAAGGUCUGGAGGAGGAGAACCUCAAACUACGCUGUGAGGCCAAUGAACUGACAUCAGAGACCGCUAACUAUGAGGAACAAGAGCAGGAGCUGAUGAUGGUGUGUGUGGAGGAACUCACCUCUGUGAAUAAGCAGGUGGUGGACCUGUCUGAUGAGUUGGCCCGCAAGGUGGAGGACACCCUCAGGCAGCAGGAGGAGAUCAGCUCCCUGCUCGCACAAAUAGUCGACCUGCAGGCACGGUGCAAAAGGCUCACCACUGACAACGAAGAGCUGACCCAGCACCUGAGUGCCUCACGGGAGAGCCAAUCACAGCUCAAAUCAGAGCUAAACUACCUGCAGGACAAGUACUCGGAGUGUGAGGACAUGCUACGGGAGGCCAGAGAGGACAUUAAGAACCUGCGCAACAAGAGCCUGCCCAACAGCACGGUGCAGCGCUACAGCUCCCUAUCAGCCGUGUUCCCCAUGGACUCCCUCGCAGCGGAGAUUGAGGGCACCUUCCGCAAGGGCCUGGACGUCCCCGCCCCCUCCGAGUACAAGAAUCACCCGUGGCGCGUGUUUGAGACGGUGAAGGUGGUGAACCAAGCGUCGAGGCUGCGGUCGCGGUGCCACUCCCCCGGCCAGGUGCCCGGCUCCAGCCCUGUGUCGCUGCGCUCCAGCCGUGCCUCCACCCCUCGUACCAGCUACUACGGCUCAGACAGCGCCAGCCUCACCUUGGAGGACAAACCACCUCGUGCCGUAUCGAGACUGGCAGAGGUGGCACACACUGAGGACAGCAGUGUAAGUGGCCCUAAGCGUCUGGGUAUGCCGGGCAUGCCUGGAGGCCAGGACCUUGAAGCCGCCCUCCGCUGUUUAUCUGACCGCCAGCAGAGCCAUGCCUCAGAGCGCCCCUUCUUUGAGGUGGAGCGUGAACGCAAACUCCGCGCCCUAGCCGCCGCCUGCCAGCGGGGCAGCGAGAAGGGUGAGGGGGUGGGUGAGCUGGGCUCCAGCGGGUUCCUUACGCCCAACGACAGUCUGGUGUCCAGCUCGGUGGCGUCAACAGGCACCAACUACUCCAAUGGCAGCUCGCUGCACUCCUCGGCCGGAUCGGGUGGCUUGCGCUCCUACCUACCUGACCGCCUGCAGAUUGUCAAGCCCCUGGAAGGCUCAGUGACCCUGCACCACUGGCAGCAGCUGGCCAAGCCCAACCUGGGAGGUAUCCUGCACCCUCGCCCGGGGGUCCUCACCAAAGACUUCCGGGAGCUGGAGAUCGACCUCCAACACGUCUACAGCCUCAAUGACCUGGAGGAGGACGAGCCUGACCUAUUACAGCUCUCCCAUGGCCUGGCUGCCGGAACCAUGGUCACUCCUCCAUCCUCUGGCCCCAACCUACCCCAGACCCCUCCCACCCACACCGUCACCACCUGUCGGCGCCACCACCCAUCCCUCCUGCUCCCCUCCUUCUCCACCAGCCUUUGCUCUCGCAGCCUGUCCGCUCGUGGGAGCUGUGAGCAUCUGAGUCCCACGUCACCCUCCUCUUCCUAUCAGCAGCACUGUGUGCUGACCUUGGACCCUAGCCAGAGUGGUGGCCACCAUUCCACCUCCACCCCAGCACCUCCUCUAUCACUGGGACUCCUGAAGCUGCUGGAGGAGCAGGGAAUCUCUGCCUCCACCCUCCCCUACCCUUACCAGCAACUGACCCCACACACACCCCACACACGCCCCACAACGGCAGAGGAAGAGCAGGGUGGAGGAACGUGCAUUAUGGAGGAAGAAGGGAGAAUGAACAUUUUCAGCUUCAACCUGGUAGAGAAGCUGAGGAGUCUGGGACUUCACAAGGUGGCAGCGCGAGGCGUGGUGGACUGAAGAGAGAACGAAGAGGAGAGAAAAGCAAUCUGACAAUACAGACAUCCACAUAGAGUCUGAGAAAGACUGGGAAAACUCCUUCUCCCCUUCCUCCUUAAUCCUCAUUGACUUCAAUCCACAUGCUGGCUAUGCCACUGCACCGACAUUUUGUGUUUCGGGCCCACAGCAAUACAUCCUAAAAUGGAACCUCCGGAGAACCAUAGAGCCAUACAUUGAGUUUCUGUUACGUGUACAGUCACUCUUCUUUUUGUAAUGGACUCAUGUAUUGUAUAUACUAGGUCUCCACGACGAUGUGUGAUGUCAUGAUCAUUCUCAGGAGAAUCACCUGACCACCAGUCCGGCUGGCUUGAACACGCGCAAUUUAUUUAUUUUUCUUUAAGAUAAAAAGAUGAGGAACAUCAAAGAAAAACAUGCGUUUCUUUUUUAUACCUGUGUUUCGUGGGUGUCAGAUGGUUUAACACUUUUUUUUUUUUAAAGC